AUGAUUAGCUUGGGAAAUAUUCCAACAAAAAUUCGUAAUAAAGCUGAGGCAAAAGCACUUGUUGGUCUUAUGCCAGUACUGCAAGGAACAAAGGAAAAAAGACAAAUAUUACAAUUUAGACAGCUAAUUCGAUUGACCUUUCACAAAUGUAUUAAUACAUUAAUUGAGCCAUUAUAUUCACAACAUCAUUCUGGAGUAUUGUUAAAAAUUAACAAUUAUAGUUUAAAGUGUAAUAUGAUGUUAGCCUGUGUUAUUGGGGAUUGGCCCGAAAACUGUAAAUCGUGUUUAACUUAUAGUGGAACAAGUUGUGUGCGUUCUUGCCACACUUGUCUUGUAAAAAAAGAUAAACUAAAUGCUAUUAAAUUAUCUGCUAAUUGCAAAAUAACUCGAACAGAAAAUCAAAUGAGACAAAUUAUUGCAAUGGGACAAAGCAAAGAGUACUCAUUACAUGAAGAAAUAAAUAGGCUUUUUGCAAAAAAUGAAAAUGAAUUGCUUGUUCAAAUAUUCAUCAAUUGGAACAAAGUGUAUUGUUAUUCAAGACAAUGUAAAUUUAUACAAACUGACCUUUUACAAUUUGAG